CUUUUAAAGACUUUUGACGUUUAUCCCUAUCCCUUGCCACUAAAGACUAUCGAUCUCGAUCACGAUUGGCCGAUUCGCAAUGCUGUGAAUACGCAUCGACCAAUAAAACGAUUUUAUUUUAGAUUUUAGUGUGAUUGAAAAGAUGGCCGCUUUACCAUCUCCGACACAGGUUGCAGGAAAUCACAAUUAUAUUUAUGAGGCCUACUAUAGCAUUGUUGAUCCAAAUGGAUUCGGAUCAGUGGGUGGUAUGGAAGCAGCGAGAUUCCUUAAAAGAUCCGGUCUGAGCGAUGUAAUACUGUCUCGCAUUUGGGACCUCUCAGAUCCCGGAGGUAGAGGCAGUUUGGAUAAGGCUGGCAUGUUUGUUGCUUUGAAAUUAGUGGCUCUCGUUCAAAACCACUUUGAGUGUAGUAUUAAGCAUAUUAACGAAGAUGUUCCACCACCAAAAAUGGGUGAUAUUCCAUUGCCGAAAACUAAACCACCUCCGCCUACAACGACACCUCUAAUAACCUCACUACCACCUUCAGCAGUAGAUUGGACCAUAAAGCCUUCGGAAAGGGAAAAAUAUGAUAAACUUUUCGAAUCUUUACAGCCAUUGAAUGGCCUAAUACCUGGAAAUGAGGUGAAAAAUGUCUUAAUGCAAUCCAAAUUGCCCUUUGACACUCUAGGUAAAAUUUGGGAUUUAGCUGAUCAAGACAAGGAUGGUAUGUUAGAUCGGCACGAAUUUGUCGUUGCAAUGCACCUUGUUUACAAGGCUUUAGAAAAAUAUGCUAUACCGAAUACUCUACCACCAGAAUUAGUGGCUAAAAGUAAAGAUCCACCAAUGCCAGUGUCUAAUUUAAUCAAUAAUAAACCACUAGAUGGGGUGAAACCUGUAGUACCUCCACCACCAGUAAUGGUUCCAGUAGCUAAACCAGUCCAAUCUGUUCCUCCAACUCAACCCUGGGUAGUAUCAGCCGAAGAAAAAUCCAAAUCCGAUGCACUAUUCAUAAAAAGCGACAUUGACAAAGAUGGUUUUGUGUCCGGAGGUGAAAUAAAAGAUGUCUUUUUAAGAAGCGGAGUUCCUCAGCAAGUUUUAGCUCACAUCUGGGCCUUGUGCGACAUCAAACAAACCGGAAAACUGAACGGGGAGCAAUUCGCUUUGGCCAUGUGGCUUGUGGCCAGGUGCCUUAAAGGCGUUGAUCCUCCGCAGACUCUGACGCCCGAAAUGAUUCCGCCAAGCUUUAGAACUUCAAAACCAGUAGAGGGACUUGUGGAAAACAACAACACGCGUUACUCCAAUCCUGAACUGGACAUGAUCAGUAAAGACAUUGAAGAAGUGAGCAAAGAACGUCUAAGUUUAGAAACUGAGAUAGCACAAAAGGAAGCUGAUAUUAAAAUAAAGGCAGGAGAAAUUAAAAAUUUACAGAGUGAACUAGAUACUCUUGCAGCCACACUGAAACAAUUGGAAAACCAAAAAGGGGAAGCCCAAAAGAGACUGAACGAUCUCAAAGCCCAGAAUCACAAUCUAGAGUUAGAACAUGCUACACUAGAGUCUGAAAUCUCACUGGCCAGUUUAGAGGUGGAUAAAUUGAGAACCCAAGCCAACGAACAAGCGGAUUUGCUAGCCACACAAGAAUCCGAAUUGAAAAGCAAAAAAGAACUCUUAGACGGACUGAGACAAGAAGAGCAGAGGCUUGAAGAGCAAAAAAACGAAAGUCUCCAAAAACUCGAAUCAAUGACGACAAAUUUACAAGAAACCCAACUCAAUAUCAGUCAAAUUAAAGCUCUGACCACGCAACUAGAAGAACAAACCAGGCAAAUUAACGACGCCCUGGCUCUGUGCGAGGCGGCCAUCGAAUCUGGCGACGCCUCCCAAGUACCGGAUACCGCUCUGAGAAUUACGGCAGGUUUUAGAGAGUCGGAGUAUUCCAGAUUGGGGUUGAUGAACGGAGCAAGAGACAACGAUCCUUUUAGCAGACAGAACGGUUCCAAUAGCGGAUUCCACGACGAUCCUUUCCAAAAUGACGCGUUCAAAAGUAAAACUGAUCCUUUUAAUGCAGCCUUUUCAAAAAGUAUCAAUGAUAGUUUCAAUCCCGACCCAUUUGGAGCAGAUCCCUUUAGUGAUAAUUUUGACAAUACAAAUAAUAAAGCUGCAGAGCCAGCUUCAGAGUUUGACAAAGACGCUUUCGGUUGUGACCCUUUCGCCGUACUGCACGCCCCGACAAGAGAAAGCGUUUCGGGGGCGCCGCCGCGUCCCUCGAGUCCCAGUCCGGCGCUGCCGCCCAAGAAAAGCAAACAACCUCCUCCGCGUCCUGCGCCUCCGAGACCCGCUCAGCCACCUUCGAUGAAAAAACCACAAAGCAGCGGUUUCGGUAACGAUUCGUUCGAGGGUGGUUUUGGAAGCGGCGGAGGAGGAGCAGGAGGUUUCGCCGAUUUUACAAAUUUUGAAUCCAAGUUAGCCGCCCCAUUCCAAAAACAACCCGCACAAUCCAAAGGUCUGGAUUUUUCUGACGACCCUUUCAAAGACUACAGGUACGAGGAUCCAUUCGAUAUCACUUUUGACGAUGAUAAUGACGCUGAAAUCGACAAAUCCAGUUCUUUGGACGCCUUCGACAAACAAGACAAAUUCGAUCCGUUUGGACUUGACGGUAGACAAUCGGUACCACCCAUAACGUCAUUCGAUCCGUUUUCUUUGAAAAAAGAAAGCGGAAGAGCUUCGGCACCGAUCGGUACCACAAAGUUACCAAGCGAAGACAAACAAUUGGAGUGGGCGGCACGAGAAAGUUUACGCUCAGAAGAGGAGAGGCGAAAGCGGCAGCAAAAAGAAGACGCCGAAUUGGAAAUGGCUUUGAAGCUGAGUCAAAUCGAAUCCAGGAACUAAUAAUUUAAGUGUAAUUAAAAUACCAGCAAUUAUUAGAAUAAUGCUUCCAAAAUAUUAUCGAUUAAGUGUUUAAUUUGCAUGACUUUCGUAUUUUUGCUAUAUUCAUCAAUUGUCAGUUUUUGGGCCAAUCAGGUAACUGAGGCAAAAAAUUGAUAAGCAAUAUAUUGGGGUUGUGUUGGAAUGUUUUGGAUAUGCGAAAAAAAAGGUCAUUCCAUGUAGUUGAGUUUUUUUUAUAUUCAAGCAGGGCGCUCACCAAUCAAAAGGCAUGUUAUAACUCAAAACAAGUUUGUUUAUUUUGAAUGUGAAAUUCACAUAUUUUUGAGACUUCUCAAGAAGAAAAAAUUGUUUUUGUUUCUACUGCUACUGCAAGUUGCAUUAUUAGGUUUACAGGUGUAAGUAUAUUUUUUUCAGUUUUCAUACCAUAGAUGUCGGGUUCGGGUUUCAUGGAAGCAGUAUUCUGAGCCGUUUGAGUAGGCGCCCUGCAAACAAUUUACCAAAAAAAAAUAAAUUAGUAUUAAACUAAAAAUUUAACUUAUUGUGUGGCACAAAAAAGUAUGCCCUUAAUAUAUCUCAUGUGAACAUAAUUGUAUGUAUAUUCCAAUGCCUUAAAAUUUGUAUAGAUAAAUCACAAUUAUUGUGCGCAAAACGUAGCAUUUUCCUUCACUUAUAUCAACGAAUAUUGUGACUCGACUGAUAUGUGUUGCUCGAUUAUUUUUUGGUUUCUUCACAAAACAAAAUAAAUAUGUGUUCUUAAUUAAACGUAUAAAUGUUGCACCUUUGCCAGAACUUACUUUUAAUUGGAUCGAUAACUAUAUAAAUUUAGAUUGGUACCAUUAAAUUGAACUCUGACCAAGUCGAUUUGUACUCUAGUCAAGGGCAAAAUAAUUAUAGGGUAACAAAAAGUAGAUUAUUGCAAAAAAAUAAUUAAUUUUUAGGUGAAUUCUCUUGUUGUUUACAAACAUAAAUGUUGUUUUUUUUUUCUUUAAAAUUAUGUAAAUUUAUCAUGUAAUACUCCUUGGACAAAAAAAAAGAAAUAAUUGUUUAGUUAUUAGUAUGUUCCUUGUUAAGUUAUCUUGUAGUUAGAAGAAUAUGUAAUUGUUACAUGUAAAUAUUGUUAGAAAACAAUUUAUUUGUGAUUAUUUUCCUAGUAGGUAUUUUGCUUACUUUAUCAUUAUUAUUAUUAUUUGUAAAUAUAUUUUUAUUUAUUUAUUUUUGGUUUUUAUUUAUUUUUUUCCUUUUUUGUUCUGUUUAUUUAUUUGUUAUAUUGUUAGUGCAGUGGGUUGAAAUAUAGUAAGCUAUUGAAAGCUAAAAACCAAUCUAAGACUUAAUUCCCCUGGGUUAUUUAUAACAAAAGCCCGCUACAGUUUUUGUGUAAAUAAUUGUUUAAAAAUAAUUAUAGAUGUAAGUACUAUGAUACACCUGAUUAUGUCAGUACAUGACAAUAUCCUUUAUAUACAUAUUAUAACAAUAAAUGUGGCAAUGUAGAUUUGUAAUGUAAAAACUAACAAAAAAAAAAAACGUGUUUCUUGUUAUAAACAAUUUUAACUGUUGAUUUUGUUUUGUGCUUGGCAAUCUUUUGCGACAAAACACAAAAUUAUUGCUGUUUUAAAUUCCUAAGUUUACAAGCACCUGAAUAAAUAAACCAUUUCAUUAGCAAUUAGCAAUAAUUCUAGUUGAUUAUCCUUGUCCUGAUAAA